UGGGCGGGAGUUCGUGGUGCGGUUUGGCCGAGAGAGUGAAGCUCAACUCCGGACACAAAUACACGGAGAGGGAAGAGGCGUGUGGCUCCGUUCCUUAUCAUGUCGCAGUUUAACGAGCACGUACAGUUAUAGUUAGUUGCGGUAUUCGCACUGAGACUUCAGCCGUUUUGAAGAAUAACACACAUUCACUCUCGAGUUGUUACCAUCUCGACAACAAGCGUUAGCCAGUCAUUUAAACAUCACCAAACAGACCUUUAAAGUUCAUUAUCAGGCCUGAUAUCGAGGAGCUGGUGGUAUUUGGAGACUGUUGAAGGUUUUGUGGUGGUUUGAAAGUUUCCUGCACGGAUUUGUUUUCUAAGUUUUGUCCGUGGAAGUCAGACGUUCGGGCCGCAAACAGUCUCCCGUGCGCGGAGAGCAGAAACAGUUCCCUGGUGGUCUGGAGAGCUCUGCGUUCGGAGCUAGAACCUGGACAGCUCAUGACUUCAGACCAGGAAGGAAAAACUAUCGUGGAGCCACAGGUGCAGCAGUCACAGGAAGCAAAGGAGAAAGAGAUCUCCCUUUUGGAAUCCUCCAAGAUCUCAGACCUCAAUCCCAAUGCGAAGGCAUGGGCCAAUUACAUGCAUAAACCAGAGGCCUCUGCUCCAACCUGCCCAGAUUCUCAGCAGUCAUGGGUAGAAGCGGCCGAUGACCCAUCAAACUGCAUCUCAGGAGGUUAUAACAACAGUGAAGACAAAGGGAACUGGAAUGAGGAACAGCAGGUAUCUACAUCUGUAGAGCUGCCCUUUGCAGCACAGACAGAAUCAGCGUACAUGGGAAGCUCAGCCAGUGAGAAGGGCAUUGUGUCAAACCAGAACACCAGUAUGAAAGGGGUGGAUGAUUCCGACUCCUCCAGACAGCUUGAAGACCUUCGGGAACAGUUGAAGGCAACACUGGAGUUCUGCCUCUCUAGGGAGAAUCUAGCCAACGACAUGUACCUCAUCUCGCAAAUGGACAGUGACCAGUAUGUGCCAAUAGUGACUUUGGCAAACCUUGAUCAAAUCAAGAAACUCACCACUGAUGUGGAUCUCAUUGCAGACAUCUUAAAAACGCUGCCUCUCGUCCAAGUGGACAAAUGUGGAGAGAAAGUGCGGCCCAAUCAGAACCGCUGCAUCGUAAUUCUCAGAGAGGUUCCCGAGGCCACUCCUCUAGAGGAAGUUGAAGCGCUCUUUAAGAGCGAUAACUUGCCCAAAUUUAUCAAUUGUGAGUUUGCCUACAAUGACAACUGGUUCAUCACCUUUGAAUCUGAGGCAGAUGCUCAGCUGGCAUAUCAGUAUCUCAGAGAAGAGGUGAAAACUUUUCAAGGGAAGCCGAUAAAGGCUAGAAUAAAGGCCAAGGCCAUUGCCGUCAAUACCUUUGUGCCAAAGAAUGGGUAUCGGCCAGUGGAUGUGUCCUCAAAUGUCCAACAGCGCUACACCCCUUACUACAUCCCACCUGUGUAUGGAGCACAGCAACAGUUUCCUCUUUACAGACUGGUGACACCUCAGGGCUGGUCAGCUACGCAGAGCUACCUGGACCCGGCUCUGGUUACUCCAUUUCACAGCCCUGCGUUCAUUAAUGGCUUCGCUGGUUCUCCAACAUUUAAAUCAGCAACAUCUCCACUAACUGUGCGACAAUAUGCACCUCGAUACAGGAACCACAACAAAACACACAUUCGACUCACAACAGAACGUGGAACCACUCUGCUGGAAAACCCUGCUGCUUUCUCUACUUUCCCUUCGGAGAGAGUUCCCAAUGGGAUGCGUCCUCCACAGGUUCAUCACAUGGGUAGCCGACCUCGACUUCCCAGCGGUCCGGGCUAUCCACGCCGGGACCAGGUUGGAAGUGGACGAAUGGAAGUGAAUGGAGCCGAUUACUCUCUGAAUGCAGGCCGUGGAAGAAGGGGCGGUUAUGGAUACAGGAAAAGAAGAGAUGACAACAAGUUUCCAAGAGCAGCAACACCGUCGCCCCCUCCUGUUCAGGAGCGCACUCCCUCCCCCAGCUUUGAGCUGGGUCUGUCCAGCUUCCCUCCUCUGCCUGGAGCCGCAGGAAAUCUAAAACCUGAAGUAAAAACUGAAAACAGCCUUGACAACCGACUGUCUGACAUUGUCACUGGAGCAGUUAAAGACAAGCCUCUAAAUAAGGAUGUGGUCACCAGCCGUGUGAUCUCAGGGACCCCCAAAGAAUCUGUGCAGGCUGCUCCUGCUCCUGCUGCUCAGACCCCAGUGGACCACCAACACUCACCCUCUCCAGCCGUUACAAACCCGACAACUGUAGAAAAACCUAAAGAGAUGCAGACACCUGCAGAGAAAUGCUCAGAGACACCCGCUGCUAAAACCGCACCACUGAGCAAUCCAAUAUCGGAGUCCCGGAAGCCAAGCUACGCAGAGAUCUGUCAGAGGAUAAGGGAGGCACCAACACAGCAGCCAUCAGCAGAUCCCCGGCCUCUCAGCUCCACUGCUGAAGACAUCAAGACUUCUGACUCGGCAGAACGCAGAUGCAGAGAAUCAGCGCCCGCACCUGCCAAAUCUGCAGCGACGACUUGUCCCAGAGAGACAGUGAAACCUCAUCAGAGCACCGGAGAACGAGUGAGUGGCAGCACGACAGUUUCCUUCCACCAAUCCUGAGGGCCUCGGCUUUGCUUCCAGGACCGAACGGGAACGAAAACUUUGUCAGGGCUGCUCAAAAAAAAAAAAAAAAAGUCUCUCUUAUCUCACGGUCUCACACAGACAGACAGCUUGUCACUGGAAUCAGGGCCUACAGACAAAAGCACUUGUGCAUAAGGGUUCUCUGAAUAUUUUUGUUGUCCUUUCUGUCGUUUUGUUUUUCGAUUACAAGAUCUUUUGUUGUUUUCCAAGGAAAAUGGGAUUAAUGAACCAGCAUCAGUUGGAGAUUAACUAUUUAAAAACAUUUGUCAGAGCUCACCUUUAUUUUGGGAUUAAAACUUCAAGUAGUGCUGUUGGGAGGAAAUACUGUUUUUUGGAUAGUGCUGAUCCUGAAACACUUUAUUUUUGUGUUUUCUCUUUCCUUUUUUAAACUGAUAUGUAUAUAAUUUU